UCUUGCUCAGCAAAAACACAGCAGUGCUAUACUGCAGCGGUGGAGUAGGGCACAGUAAUAGCAUGUAAUGUUAGUAGUAAUAUUCAUGUUAACUGAUAAAUCUCGUUUACUGAAACACAUCUUUUUGUUACGGUGCGGGAUCGCAAAAGCAAACGAGGUAACAUUGAUCCCACAACAUCCUGUUGAAGUUUUUGGCUUGGACCUGUCCAGAGUGUGUGAGAAAAGCAAGCGUCAUGUCAAGGGCGGACAGAGCCAUUAACAGUGAAACGGGAGGUUUGGGCUACAGUGAAGAUGCUGGUGAAAGGGCAUGGCUCCUGCAGAGUCCCAGCGUGGACUCUGUACAACUGCCCAACCAAUCAGACGACAGUAGGGGAGGGACUACAUCACUUGGGGCCGUUUUUAUCGUGGUGAACGCUGCUCUGGGAGCUGGACUUCUCAAUUUUCCAGCUGCAUUUAACAUGGCAGGAGGGGUAACUAAUGGAGUUGCCCUUCAAAUGAGCAUGAUGGUGUUCAUCAUCAGUGGGUUGGUUAUCCUGGCUUAUUGUUCUCAGGUGAGCAAUGAAACAACAUAUCAGGAGGUAAUUCGUGCCGUGUGUGGGAAGGUUCUUGGUGUAAUUUGUGAGCUGGCCAUUGCUGUGUACACCUUUGGCACAUGCAUAGCUUUUCUUAUCAUCAUUGGGGAUCAGCUGGAUAAGCUGUUUGGUGCAAUAGAUCAAGAAGCGCACUGGUACACGGAUCGUAAAUUCACCAUUACUUUGACCUCCUUGCUGAUCAUUCUCCCUCUGUCUAUACCCAAAGAAAUUGGCUUCCAGAAAUAUGCCAGCACCCUGAGUGUUAUUGGCACCUGGUAUGUGACGAUCAUAAUCAUCGUCAAAUACUUCUGGCCCGACAAAGACAUUUCUCCAGGACUUAUCCCAGUCAGGCCUGCAUCCUGGACUGAUGUGUUCAAUGCCAUGCCUACAAUCUGCUUUGGUUUCCAGUGUCAUGUCAGUAGUGUUCCUGUCUUUAAUAGCAUGAAAAAACCAGAAAUCCGACCUUGGUGGGCAGUUGUUACUGCCAGCGUCAUUAUCUGCCUCUUUGUUUAUACAGGCACAGGUGUCUGUGGCUUCCUGUCGUUUGGCUCGACCGUAAGUCAGGAUGUCUUAAUGUCAUAUCCAUCUAAUGAUGUCGCAGUGGCUAUUGCUCGAGCCUUUAUCAUCAUUUGUGUUGUCACCUCAUAUCCAAUCCUGCACUUCUGUGGAAGGGCCGUGUUGGAAGGUCUAUGGCUGCGUUUUAAAGGAGAGGAGGUAGAGACAGAUGUGGCAAAGGAACGGAGAAGGAGGAUACUGCAGACUAUCAUCUGGUUUUGUCUCACGCUAAUCCUUGCUCUCUUCAUUCCUGACAUCGGAAGAGUCAUUUCACUUAUUGGUGGUUUGGCCGCAUGCUUCAUCUUUGUGUUUCCAGGGUUGUGUUUGAUUCAAGCAAAGCUUUCGGAGCAUGAUGUCAGAUCAGCCAGCUGGCACGGAAUGGUGGCGUUUGGGGUUGUCAUGGUUACUAUUGGUGCAUUCAUCUUUGGACAGACGACCACUAAUGCAAUCUACAAAGAUAUCAUCAAUCAUCCCGGUAGCCAAUAGCAAGAUAACUUGUGACCUCCUGGACAAUGGACUUAAAACAACAGAAAUAGUCAAAACAUGAAGACCAACCAUGUCUAGUACUGACACUAUUACUUCUUCAAGAGACCAUUUUUAAUUUCUCUGUUUGCAAAAUGCACACUCAAGUUGGGAAGAUUCCAGAGAAUUCUUUACCUCAUAAUGUAGUGGAUUACCUACCAGCAUGCGGCAUUAAACCUCUCUGCUCUGGCUGUGUGUGAAUGGAUGACCACUAUACAUCUACACUCGAAAUGGAUUUGGACAUUGUUUUAAAUCCUUGCUUUCGGAUUUGUCUGAGAUCUUCCAAAUUAUAAACUCUUUUGAUUUUUUUUGUUGCAAUUUGUUUUAUGAAUGCCUUCUACACUUGACAAAAUGAGUUUAUUAUGUUUACUCUUAGAAUAUAUAUUUGUUAAAUUUUUCUUUGAGGACUUGCACUGCCAAAUCUAUAAUUCUGAGUUCUAAAUUGUGGAGAAACGGGAAGAGAAUGAGUCUGAGUGUACCACUUUAAAUCAGAAAAGAUGCAUAUUUGAAGUGUUUUUUAUCGAUAUGCAAUUGCUCUUUUUGCUGUGUGUAUUCAGCAAUGUGUUAAGAACUUGAUUAUCUCUCUUCCAAACAACAAUUAUAUUUCUUUUUUAACUGACUGCUGCUAGUAUUAAGUAUAAGGCUAGAUGGCUCUGAGAAUUAAAUUGUGUUUAAAUUGAUAUUGUGAAAAUAUUGUUGCCAAAAUGAUAUUUUCUCCAGUAAAUUCCUUUUAUUGCGAUUCACUAGACAAUUUAAUAUGUAAAUCACAUUGUUGUGUUGAUGGAAUUUUAUGUAUGUAAUUCUGCAGACAUACCAAGUAAAUUCUUUUUUGUAUUGAAUGACACAAGAUGCAUGUCUACCUUUUCAAAAACCAUGUAUUAUUGUAUGUUUGUUUACUAUUUCAGUGCAAUCAGUAAAGGGAUUUUCAUAGUCA